AUGGACGAAGCGAGUAUGCAGGAAAUGUUUUCAAUGUACAUGGAAAAUCGCCACCGAAUAUCGUGCAUCGAGUUAUAUAUUGAGUUUGAGCAAUCUGAAGCAGACCGUAACAUUGAGUUGGAAGAUUAUAAUAGUGAAAGCGAAGAUGAAUUUGAAAGUAACUAUGAGAUUGUCGGUCCAGGUGAGGACGAAGAAGAAGCUGUUGGCGCCAUGAACGCAGAUGUGGCGGAAGUUGCAAAUGCACUAGCAAACCCGCAUCCGUUUCAAGAGCCUUCUUUCAUGCGGUCGUUGGAUUUGGGGGCUAUGCACGCACCGGAGUUUCCGCAAUAUAUGAAUACAGCCCCUCCUGUUGUGGCGGAUGGUGAGUUCACAGUGGGGAUGGAAUUCAGCUCAAGGGAGGCAGUAAUCAAGGCAAUGAAAGAUUAUACCAUCCGGAGAGGUGUGGACUAUCGGGUAUAUGAGUCAGAACCGACGACAUUCUAUGCCAAAUGUAUAGAAUAUGGGAAUGGUUGUGACUGGUUGAUCCGGGUAACCAAAAUGCAGAAGAAGUACUGUUGGGAGAUAAGGAGGUACAAUGGAAGUCAUACUUGUACCAGGUCUACUAUUUCUCAAGACCAUUCGAAGCUGGAUUCCAAGACAGUUGCAGAAGCAAUAAAGCCGUUGGUAGAGGUUGACCCGUCUAUAAAGGUGAAAUCAGUAAUUGCUGAUAUCCAGUCAAAGUUUAACUACACCAUCAGUUAUCGCAAGGCUUGGUUAGCAAAGCAGCAGGCGGUCGAAUCAAUUUUUGGAAGUUGGGAAGCAUCGUAUGAAGCUUUGCCGAUAUGGUUUGAGGCCAUGUGCCACAAAGAGCCAUCAGCAGUGGUUCACUUUGAAACAAUGCCAGCUUACCAGGGGGAUGAUUUGGUUCCUGAUAUACGUGUUCUACAUAGAGUCUUCUGGAGUUAUUACCCCUGUAUAAGGGCCUUCAGACACUGCAAGCCAGUGGUGCAGGUGGACGGGACUCAUUUGUAUGGAAAAUACAAGGGUUGUUUAUUGGUUGCAGUGUCACAAGAUGGUAAUAACAACAUCGUGCCUAUUGCAUUUGCCAUAGUGGAGGGAGAGACUUCUGAUGCAUGGCACUUUUUUCUGAGCAACCUGCGUCAACAUGUGGUGACCCGUGAUGGUGUCGGACUAAUCUCCGAUCGACACGAUUCGAUUAGGUCAGCUAUUGAACGAAGUAAUGGGGCGUGGUCUCCUCCAAGAGCUUUCCAUAUGUUUUGUAUCAAGCAUAUUGAGUCCAACUUCUUGAGGAAGUUCAAAGCACCUUACCUGCAGAAGCUUAUCGUCAACAUUGGAUAUUCAAGGACGACCAGGGAGUACCAGAUGCGCUAUGAACGAUUAAAGGAACGGGAUGAGGCUUACACCAAUUGGCUUGAUCGGAUCCCUCGUGAGCAGUAUGCUUUGGCAUUUGAUGGUGGUUACCGAUGGGGUCAUAUGACCACCAAUCUUGUGGAAUGUAUCAACUCCGUCUUAAAGGGUGCACGCAAUCUCCCAGUCACUGCAGUUGUUAAGGCUACAUUUUACAGGCUGAAUGAGUUGUUCACUAGGAAAAGAGCUGAGGCUGAAGCCCGAAUCAGUGCUGGACUUGUAUUCUCUGAGAUGGUGACAACCAAGCUGAAUGCAAAUCAAUGA